CCGGCAUGGGUGGACGUGACGGAUUGAUGGUCACCUUCGGUCACUGCCCGAGCCUCUCCAGCCACCAACGCGUCUUUCCUCUGCCCGCCUCUGCUCUCCACAAAAAGUUCAAUUCGCAAUGGCACCGUUCACUCUCGUCACCGCUCUUCCCAAUCAUAUCAGCCCAGAGGAACACAAAAUCAUCGUAGCAUCCACGCCCGCGUCGUUCGCCUCUAUACCGCCAGUCUUGCGCCAUAAGGAGGAGAAUGUAUCCGUUACGAUCGAUCCUCCACUCGAAGGCUUUCCCUUGGAAGACCUCGCAAAUGGAACACUCUACGUGAUCGAAAGCGCGUUGGUCUUCCUGUCUGCGAACGGACGCGGGUGGUCGGUCGAGUAUCCCUCAAUCACUCUGCACGCCAUCUCGCGCGCAGAAUCGGGCCCGUCAAUAUACUGCCAGUUGGACGAAGCUGCUGCUCUCGCAGACAGUGAAGCGCCGAUCGACGAGGACGCUGAUACUGAGAUGAAGGAGCUCAUCAUCGUACCAAGAGACGCUACAUCGCUUGAGCCGAUCUUCGAAGCCCUCUCCCUCUGCGCAUCCCUUCAUCCCGACCCUGCCUCCGCCAACGACAUGGAUGAAGACGGCGACGACGCCUUCAUCGACGCCGGCGCAUUCGAGACGUUCAACGGCGACGAGAACGAGGAGCUUAGCGAGGUUGGCCGGGCGGCGCUCGAGCAUCUGGAGUCGAUCAUAUACGAUCCGUGGGAGAAGAAGAGGGAGCCUGAGGGCGGGGCGCAAGGAGAGGGGGCUGAGAAGGGUGCCGAUGAAGGCGAGGACGAGCAAAAUGCGGGCGGUGCAUCCGGGGGCAGCGAACCUACGGCGGAAAACGCGCCUUGAUGCAUGGCGUCGUUCUGACGGGAACCACGCGUUACGCUGCCCGCUGCCAGUGUACUCGGCAUACGAGACCGAAACGACCCCCAGUGCGUCCAAAAGUAGCUGUGUACCGAAUAUUGUGUUGCUCUCAUGUAUUAUGCAGUCUAAGUUCAAAAUCACGACAUUUUACUCUCGAAUAGCCAGAGAAUCAGGCUGGCUGAACUGCGACUGACGGAGCCGAGACCAGCUGCCCAAGAGCACGCAGGAUCGCACUGGCGUCCAUUGUCAUACCCUCGAUCUGAC